UCAUCGUCCUGCUGGAUGAGUCUGGGAAGGUGGAGAGUGGGGGUCUGAACGGGAAAUACAAGGCGGUACAGUUUCAUUUCCACUGGGGAAGCCAGGUGGGGAAGACACGGAGUCCUGGAUCUGAACACAGCAUCGAUGGAGAGAGGUACCCCAUGGAGCUUCACAUUGUCCAUAUUAAGGAGAAAUUUAGCAGUGUGGAAUCAGCAAUCAAAGAAAAAGGCGUAGCCGUGCUGGGAUUUUUUAUAAAGAGCAAAAAGUAGAGAUUCCAGCUUUGCCCCUGGAAUCCUUGAUCCCGGACAAGAAGGAUCUCACAAGCUUCUAUCGCUACACUGGCUCUCUGACAACCCCUGCCUGCAAUGAGGAGGUGAUCUGGACCCUGUUUGAGAAACCCAUUGAACUUGAGUGGGAGCAGAUCGAAGAGUUCUGGGAAAAGGUGUAUUUCGACGAUAAGAAAACACUUCCGAUGGUGGACAAUUUUCGACCCGUUCAGCCUCUGGGUGCCCGGAUUGUCCAAAAAUCGAACUCGAACCUCCUGCUGCCUUCGAGAAGCGCUCUCUUGCUGGUGCCCACUGCAGCGUUCCUGGCCUUCACUUGGGUCUCCUGAAGAGAAGCUGGAAACAUCUGGAUAAUUUGCAUUGAACUGGCCCGGCUUCCUCCACUUGGAAGCCUUUGGCAUCUCCCAGCCACAAUCUGGAAUCUCUUUCACAGGAGGGCCAGGAUCUCCUAGCAGAGACAGAUUUCCCGAUGAGGUUCUCCUGCGUUAGAGCGAUCCAAUGUACCACGCGUGAAUUAUUCUCGUGCCAAAAUCAUGAGGUCCAAAUGACGCCUGCGUCUUCACAAGAAUUUUAAGCGGCUGAACCUAGAAUAUUAUUCUCACCCUGUUCCUACUUUCCAAUUGUAACUCUCUGGUGGGGUAGAAAGUCAGUUGCUCCUUCUCUUUCUCUUCUCCUCCUUCUCCCUCUGUUCUUCCUCUUCCUUUUCUUCUUCUCCUUCUCCAUAUUUU